UUGGGGACUGAUCCUUUGAAAAGACCAAAAGUUGUUUACAUUGUGUAUUCAUAAUCAAGUUUUAUGCUGGAAUAAGAGAGCUUCGCGAUGCAAUUGGUUAUGUAAACUUUUUCAGUGUCAAAUAGCAUGUACGCGAUGGGCCUCAGAGGGAUUUUUGCAUAAAUCUACAACAAUGUCAACGGAUAACUACUUUAUAUUGAACUUUGUUAGCGUGAUGAUAGAAACUGGGAUCAUAAUUCUGUUUUUAAGAAUCUCUGAUGUAACAGCAGCUGACUUGGCAUUGAGACAACCAGCAAAAAUAUCCGGUCACGGCGAGUCAGAGGCUGCAUUGGCUGUUGAAGGUACAUCAGCACGGUGUGCAGUCACCAGUCUACUUACAGACCCUUGGUGGCGUGUAGAUCUGGGGAGGAGUUACGUUGUCGAUGCAAUAAGCAUUUUGACCGGUGCACAUGCAUUAACAGAUUUCGAAAUACGAAUCGGUGACAGUCUCGAUAAUGAAGGAAACUCAAAUCAAAAGUUUGGAGGACCAUACACUACAACUUCAUCACAAGAAAAGUCCUUCUUCUGCAUCCCGGGUAUCAGAGGUCGGUAUGUGAACAUCCGAAUAGCGGGAGACAACAAGAAACUGGAGAUCUGUGGGAUGUCAGUAAAUCCUAAUCCAACAGCAAACCUUGCUUUGGGCAAGUCAGCAUCUCAGUCCACUGUGUCCCACUCUGCUUAUCCGGUGCGAGCAUUGGAUGGAAAUAUUGACGGCCGUUUUUCCUCAUCAUGUUGUACACAUACAUAUACAACAACGGAUCCUUGGUGGCGUGGGGAUCUGGGAUCAAGUCAGUACGUGUCAGAGGUGUUCAUAGUCAACAGAGUAGAAGCUAGCUACAGGCUUUUCAACAUAGAAAUCCGAGUGGGUGAUAGUUUGGUAAAUAACGGGAACUCGAAUCCGAGGUGCGGUGGGUUGUACUCUAUGGCCACUUCGCUCAAAGAUUCGUUUUAUUGUAAACCGAGAAAAACUGGACGAUACGUAAAUAUCAGACUUGUGGGAAGUAAAAUGAUUCUGACUUUGUGCGAAGUGGAGGUGUAUUCUGAAAGCAGAGCCAUUUUGAAAUACAAGCCAGUGGAACACUCAGUGCAGGACGCAUAUGACCAAACUUCUUUAACUCUGGUCUGUCCAGAGCCUUUCGGUUACCCUGAACCGCUCGUGGCCUGGGUCAAAGAUGGUGUCGUCCUUCAAAACAGUUCAUCCGACCUGACGCUGAAUCUGUCAAUCAUUAUUCAAAGGGGUAUUACCACGUGGGCGAUUGACUGUGUGGCCAGUAACAAACAUGGUGCUGAUUACUACAGAUUUAUUUUGAACUUGCGCAGCAGACGUGAGAUGUGCACGGAAUUCAGAGACCUAGUGGAAGGGACUAGAACAGCUCAUCACGUGGUACAUAAUCAAGUGUUGGCGCAAAAUGAUAAUGACAUCGACAACAGCAUAUGGUACCGCUUUGUUAGUCCAGCCACAGCGACCCCAGUGCAGUUACCUGACUCCUGUACAGAACCUCGGACUUGUGGAACCCAGGCUUCAGGUUGGCUUCGCGGAGGUCACCCAUCUGCGGAGGAAGGCCUUGUAAACCGGACUGUUUGCUUUAGUUGGAAUGACAACUGCUGCUUCGCCGAAGUUCCGGCGCAAGUCAAGCAUUGCUAUGGAUACUAUGUGUAUAAGCUGCAGCCGACAGCUUUGGAAGUGAAAGCAAGAUAUUGCGUAGAAAACCAAGACAUCCAUCAUGAAGAUGCUUUGUUUCACCUCCUCGUGUCAAAAACCGGUGUACAGUUAGCAUUGACAGGUCACGUGAUUCACACGGAGUAUCACGUGACCUCUUCAUGGAAGUGUAUGGCCUAUUGCCUUAUAGAGGUGACGUGUGUCUCAUUCAACUACUACCCCCAGAGCAACACAUGUGAGCUUAACAACAGCACUGUAUCAAGUAACCCGGAAAGUUUGAGAGAGGGACCUGGGACCGAAUAUUACGAGAGGAUGAACUUAAUAAGUCUAGAAGCUGGCUCACAUCUAUAAGAAUCGAAUCAAUGGUAAAAUCUCCCAGACAGUAAGAGUGUAAGUUUUCCUGCGCGGAACAAUUUGACAUAGUAGAAUAGUAUUUAUUGUUAAAGCUGUGAUCGAAAUAGACUCAUUUUUAGCAAAGCAUUGGACGUCACAUCAACGCAACAUUUCACACUAGUUCAAGGAAUUGUUUUUCAUUUUCUAAUUCAGGGUUUCAGUUUGAAAAUUUAGAGACAGGGUAAGAGAUACAAUCACAUAAAGCAUAGUUAGCAAGUUUUGCACUACAUAACCGCUCACAUAUUGUAGCCCAGCCUUUUGUUUGUUUGUCAAUUCGUGGAUGGACUCAUCGCUUACAGAAGAUAACUUCUGUUUUUUUUUAGUUUGUUAUCAUAGUGUCUGUCACCUUAGUUGCCAAAAAUGUUGCUGCAUUUCGUGUGAGUCCUUUGAAGUACUUGGUGGCAUUCAAUGCAACAGUUCCCUAAAAAUUAGAAUAAAACUUUUCAACAUCUCCUUUCUUUCUUAGUGAUUCAUAGAUUGUUUUGAGAUAAAAGAAUUCAUCAGAUCUUUCCUCUAAGUCAAAUAUCAAUACAGUCAGCUCAUUCUUAAUGCUUAAAUUGAACACCUUCCUUUCUUUAAUACUCUGUACAGCACUGUUCACCACCUCGGCGACAAGGCUGGUUGUGAACAGUGUAGCGGACUUACUUUCGAUGUUCCCAUGUUUUGCGGUCCAGUGUCUCUCAUAUCCAGCUUUGGUUUUGUAGCUUUGCCCACAUUCACAAACGAUAUGAUAAGUUUGGGUCUAAAAAGGGGGAUAAUAAUGAAUACACUGAAUACAUAGCAUAAUAAAGUAGAAAGUUCGGAGUUAGCAAAGUCUAGGCAAGAAAUUGUUGUAGCAAAGGGUCGAUUAUAGGGAAACAUCGUUCAUGGUUUUGAGAUCUUUAUGGUCAUUUUUCUUUGUUUUUUAAUUCAGUUUACUUUUUAAAUAAUUGCUAAA